AUGCCAGAAAAGUCCGACCACAAAUACAACGAUAGCGAAACAGCACCAUCCGGGUCCAUUCGACACGGAGAUGUUACAGUCCAGACUGUAAAGCCAUUCACAACUCUAUCUGCCCUUGGUAUCGGUUAUGGAACAACCAACACUGCAGUCGGUCUGCUUCUUGUCCUUGGAAGCACUGUUCCCAUGGGUGGCACGCCUCUUUUCUUCUGGGGAUUCUUGAUCCAGACCCUUGUAGGUCUCGCCACUGCAACAACCCUCGCAGAGCUGGCUUCGGCGAUACCCCAUCCCGGCGGCCAAUAUGUAUGGGUGAAUCGUCUGGCUCCGCCAAGAUACCGCCGCGUCUUGUCUUAUUUCACCGCUGUCAUUAGUUGGGUAGCUGCUGUCGCGACGGGUGCGUCAGCCUGUCUGUCUGUACCUACGGGCGCCUGUGCUAUCAUUUCGCUGCUGAACCCCAACUUUGUGUAUAAGCGAUGGAUGGGAUUUGUUGGCUUCCAGCUUCUCAACAUCUUGACUGUCUUUGGAGCCAGCUUCGAGCACGCUCUUCCCAAGAUAUCAAAGUUCAUGUUGCUGUUUAGUUGCAUGACUAUUUUGACUAUAUUCGUUACACUAUUUGCAAUGUCCGAUUCGCACAUGCCAACCAAAGAUUAUUUUACCAAAUCAAUCAACAUUUCCGGUUGGCCGAAGGGUAUUGCAUUUAUAAUCGGUAUGAACGGAGCCAACUGGAGUUUCUCUUGUCUGGACGUGGCUACACAUCUUGCCGAGGAAAUACCCUCUCCAAGCACUGAUAUUCCCAAGGCUUUGAUAUGGACGAUUGUAGUUGGAUUUGUUUCUGGACUCUUAGUCGUCACUUCUACUUUGAUCAAUGUGUCAGGAAUUGAUGGAGCCGCUGAUAACUCUGCAUUGGCUCUCUUCUAUCGCAUUACAGACAGCAAAGCGGCGGCUGUGGGUCUCUGGGUGCCAGUUCUAAUCACCACGGCUGGUGCAGUGUGGUCUAUUCAGACAUGGCAGUCUCGCCUGGCUUGGACCAUCAGCCGAGAAGCUGGUUUCCCGCUCCAUCGUCACCUCAGCAAGCUUGCACCUUCGCCAAUGCACACUCCCAUUUGGUCCCUCAUCUGGUCAGCUUCGGGCACUGCCAUCUUUGGAUGUCUGUAUCUUGGUUCCGACUUGGCCUUCAACUCUCUUAUUUCAACUGGACUUUUACUACAAUACAUCAGUUACAGUCUUCCUACUAUUCUUAUGCUUAGUCAGGGUCGGUCUAACUUCCGACAUGGCCCGUUCUGGUAUCCAAGAUUAGGGUUCUUGGCCAAUCUCGUCAUGUUGGCCUGGACAGCGGUUGCUCUUAUCUUCUACUGUUUUCCCUACUACUUGCCUGUGGUAGCUGAACAGAUGAACUAUGCGUCCGCUGUCCUUGGUGGCAUUGGUAUCUUGACUGUGUGUCUAUGGUUGUUCUAUGCGAAUAGCCGCUAUGAAGUUAAGGAGAUACUGGAUGACUAG